AUGACGGACCGCAGACAAGUUGUCAUCAAGGUGUUCAGGAAGUAUGGGCACUCCCUUGGCCCCGAGUCCUUGGAGUUUCUGGAGGAACUUCUAGACCGCCAUGAAAUCGCGGACGAGGAAGUUGAGUUUUCUAUGGAGUGGAUGGCGAAGGAGUACAACAAGCAGGACGAUGCCCAGAUGAAAGUCUCGCUGGAUGUGCUCAACAGAGUGUAUGAAGCAUUCCAAAGUGGAGACAACGAAGGGGCACAAGAACACGCAGUCUUGGACCCAGACAGCCAUUUGUAUGUCAUUGACGCGUUCGAGAUGCCAUCAUGGAACUGGUCAAGCGAACGCAGUACAUUCGAGCGAGCAUCGGGACCUUUGACGUCCUCGGGAACGGCAGAUUCGAGGGUCACAGCAAUGCGGAAUAGAUUGAAUGUCAUCAAACAAUGUGUACUGCGAAACGAUCACUUCUCUCCGUCGACGCUACCUUCGAAAGAUCGCGAGAAUCUCCUAACUUUGAGGUCAACAAAACAGCUAUUAGGACGUGCUGGCGACCGCUUCCUGCUCUUCGGGAUGCUAACGCACUCGAAAGAGGGUAAACUCUGCCUCGAAGACCCAGACGGACUGGUGGAGCUCGACUUCACGCAACUUGAGCAACCCAGUGAAGGACUGUUUACGGAGGGUUGCCUAGCCCUUGUCGAAGGCGACUACACCGAAGACGGGACACUUCUAGUAAUCGCCAUCGGACAUCCACCCUGCGAGAGUCGAGAAGCUGCACGCUCGAUCUUUGGCCACGUCGACUUCCUGGGCAAGGGGGCAACAACAUUGCUGGAAGAUAAACAACUGUCUACUCGGGUACAAUUGGAACUGGCCGAUCUCAGAUUCUUCGUCCUCUCAGAUGUGUGGCUCGACAGGCCAGAAACACUACUCGGGCUCCGCAAAUUGUUCGACAACUGUAUGGAGAACAGCUUCAUCCCCAAGGUGAUAAUUCUCUGCGGUAAUUUCACCAGCGUCGGAAUACCGCAAGGAAACGGACGUGAAGUGCGGCGAUACCAAGAGCACUUCGACGCUCUCGCCGAUGUCAUAGCGAGCUAUCCCUUGAUAACUCGCAGUACGCACUUCGUUAUGGUCCCCGGCCCGUUGGACGUGACGAUGAACUCAAUUUUGCCACGAAGACCGCUGUUGUCCUCAUUCGUCUCGCGUAUGAAGUCGCGCAUACCCAACGUUCACUUCGCUACCAACCCGUGCCGGAUCAAAUUCUUCGAGCAGGAGAUAGUCGUGUUCAGAGAAGACCUGAUGUCAAGGAUGCUUCGAAACUUGGUCGGAGUGAAACCAGACGUGAAGAACGAUGAUCUGAAGCGCUACCUCGUGCAAACUGUCCUAGAUCAAAGCCACCUCAUGCCGGUGACAGUGUCCAUUGAACCCACGCUCGCCGAAUAUGACCACACACUACGUCUAUACCCUUUACCGACCGCCGUGGUCCUCGCCGAUAGAUACGACCGGUAUCAGAUGACAUAUGAAGGUUGCCAUGUGUUCAACCCCGGACGCUUCGUUGGCAAAACGUUCACAUUCUCUGCAUACGCUCCCGCACGAAGAGAAUCCGAGGAGUGCGUUCUGGAUCUGGACUCGGACGAUGGGUGGUCAUGA